UGCGGCAGAGGCGGAGGCCCCCAUGUCCCCAGACGUCGAGAUUCGCGUCAAGAUCGAACACGAGAGUUCCGGAGACGAGAGUUCGCAGGAGUUGCGAGAGUUCCUCGGACGGACCGACACCGUGGUGGUCUACCCGGAGGAUCCGCAAGGCAUACAACAAAAUACAGUGCCCGUCCCCAAGGAUCGUGCCAGUCCAGAGGAAGACAACUUCAUCAAGUGCUCCUUCUGCGGCCAAGGGCUCCCCAGCUUCGUGGCACUCAAGGAGCACGUUGAUGCUCAACACCCUGGAGGUGCCUUCCCCUGUGUCCACUGCGCCGCCACCUUCCCCUCUCGUGAUCAGCUAGACAAGCACGAACUGCUGCACACUGCUAACCAGCAAGUGUCGUGCAAAGUGUGCAACAAGACUUUUGCCAACGUGUAUCGUCUCCAACGCCACAUGAUCAGCCAUGACGAGAGUGCAGUCCUCCGCAAGUUCAAGUGUCCAGAAUGUGAGAAAGCCUUCAAGUUCAAACAUCACCUCAAGGAGCAUAUUCGGAUACACAGCGGUGAAAAGCCAUUCACGUGUUGUUACUGUAGCGCUUGUGUAGCGCUUUCCGCAGUUGUUACUGCGGAAAGCGCUUCUCUCACUCUGGCUCCUACUCCAGUCAUAUGA